AUGAGCAUCAGUGAGGCCUUAAACAACAGAUCGUCAGAGCGACCAAGCGGCAAACAGAAGCGGCCUAUUAUAUAUGAACUACACGAUACAGCUCAAUUUGUCCCACCACCAAGUAAACGCCGGAAGUCACAGAGCGUGUUACAGCAAAAGAAUCACCAUGAGACACAUUCCCCGGGGUCAACACAUCACGCCAGCGAAGCUAGAGAACAUAUUGAGCACGAGCUCCAACGCAAUCCAGCUCUCUCGAAAGACCGACGAACUGCACUCGAAUCAGCACAGAAGUUUGUCGGCCAACUAUCAAACCCCACCCUACACUGGGAAGAGACAUGUGUAAUGGAUGAGAUGGCCAUUGAAGAAAACUUGGAAGAUCCAAUACUCACCCCGGAGCUGCUUUACAUGAUGCUACCAGGGCCUGACAAGCAGACCACCUCUCAAGGAACAGUUUUAUGGCCAGAUCACAUCUCCGAUAGAAUCUUGGAAAGAAUGGGACUUGCCAUCAUUGAGGGAAGCGAAUGUGAGCAAGUACUUCAACAUUAUAAGAUCAAUGUCUGGGUCAAGGCUAUGGGCGUAAUAUCGAAAAUGGCCCCGUUGAUCGCGAGCGAGCCACUGAGAAUGCAUUUUCGAAAAUUGAAAAAGAGAUAUGAGGUAGCAGCCCUGGAAUUGCUAAAUCAGAUUCCUCUGGCGGCUGCACCGAGCCUUCUUUUGCUUCAGUCUUUGAUGUCUGCGACACGCUUAAUGCAGUAUCUGGGAAAUAUGUCACGUUGCUGGACCUUCACAGCAUUGGCUUCUCGUGUUAUCGUCUCUCUGAACUAUCAUAAUAUCACCGAUCCCAACCCGCGAAGCGAAAUUGAAGAAAGCGUCCAUGCCUGUGUUUACACAUGCUACUAUUUCGACAAGACUCUCAGCUUGCUACUACUUCGGCCGCCAUCUUUGCCAGAUCUCAAAGUCAAAGCAACGGAUCUCAUACACAUUGAUCCGGACCUACCGACAUUCACUAUCAUGACAGGCAUAGUUGAGUAUGCCGAGGUAAAGCACACCUUGUUGGGUAUACUUCUUGAUACCAAGGCAAAAGAGGAUAAUGAUAAAGCCAAAAUACUGUCCGACCUGUUUCGCCAACUCCAAGAACAGGAUUUCCCACAAUCAUGGGGCAGCCUACGCCGCGAAUGGUUAUCAAUGGACUUUAACUACUACUCGGUAUUAACAACAAUCAUUCAAGCGCGCUCAUCGGUGCUCAAGUCCCGCCUGGUGUGCGAGAACUGUCUAUACACAGCCCGAGAAUCUCUGACUACCCUGCGAGCUCUACAGGAGGCAUUUUCAAGCCAGGUCAAUUCUAUUGACUCGUAUCCUUAUUUCCUUACUUGGACAAUGUUACUAUUCCCCCUGGCACCCUUCUUUGUCCUAUUUUGCAACGUAAUCGCUACCUCAAACGAGAAGGACUUCACAAUGAUCAAGACUAUAACCGAUGAUCUACACCAAUUUGCCGAGGCGAAUGCGUCUAUUGGAAAGCUGUAUAAGCUUUUUGCCAAGUUCCUAGAUUUAUGUGCGCCACUUAUCAAAAGAAAUCUGGAACGCGCUCGCACCGAGCAGCCGCCUGUUGCGGAAAAUGGGGCUGGCAUGUCCGAGGGACACCAGGUUGAGACACAGGAUGAGGCUUUUGGUCGUGCUGCUGCUGAGGCUAUGGUUGAUCUUCAGUCUGCUCAUGUGUCCGGGGUGCAAUCUCAAGCGCCGAGGUCUGAGGGGUGGGAUGAUAGUCUUGUUUGGGAAUUGUUCAAUAAUCAGCCUUCAUUGGGAUGGGCGGAGUCGGAGCUAUGGGAUGUUAUGGCGCAGUUUGAUUAA